AUGGCGACUCCUGUCACGCACAAUAAGAGAGGGAGGACUUGGAUUCCCGGACGUAAGAGAAUAUCACAGAGCCACGCAACUGGCAAAUGUGCUACGGUGCCACUCCAGAGCACAACCCCCACAAUGGCUGGAACUAGAAUCCAGCAGACUAGAAGGGAGGCACGUAACACACCUCAUAUGGGCCCCAAGGGAAAUACGACCCCGCACCCCCCAGAUGCUGCCGACAACCAAACUCAUGCUAUCUCUUUGGGACAAAAACAAACACAGGGUCUGCUCGAGACAGAAGUGGUCCCCCCAACCCCCUUAAAAACGCUGCACACCCUAGACCCCUCGUUCAACUAUAAAAUUUGGGCUGAACACGACCUAACCCACCUUCACCAACUGACUCAAAACGGCUCCCUGAGGAGCUUCAGAGAAUUACAAACACAUCAUAACAUACCAAAUAGGGCCCAAUUCUCAUAUAUGCAACUUCACCACAUGCUACGGACUGUACAUACACCCACUCAACCAGUGACUGGUGAACCAAAACUAACUCACUUUGAAACUAAAUGCCUCGACACAAAAAAGCAAGACAAAACUAUAUCACUAUGCUAUAACAUACUUAAUGGGAACCCUCAAACGCACCUCUGGGGAUUUCAAAAAGAAUGGCAUACAGAUAUUGGGAGGGAACUAACACCCCAGGAAUGGGGUAGAGCCUUCGUAGCACACAAAAGAGCGACACGAUGCGCCUCUCACCUAGAAAUCGCCAGAAAACUACUCUAUAGGUGGCACCUCACCCCUAGCAAAUUAAAUAAAAUGUACAACAACUCCGAAGCCAAGUGCUGGAGAUGCCUAAAGGCAAAAGGGGACACAUUACACAUCUGGUGGACCUGUCCACUCAUACGCCCAGCAUGGGAAGCAGUGGAAGAAAUAGUUACAAACAGCACAGGGGUAUUGAUCCAACCCAGCAUAGAAUUAUAUCUAUUACACAUCUCACCACAAAAUAUCCCGAAACCCGUUCGAAAACUAGUCUAUCUUACCACGAUAGCGGCAACGACAUUAAUAGCAAGACAAUGGAAAUCGCCAGUGGUUCCCACAAAAACAGAAAUAAUAGCCCUAACAUCCACCAAUGUCUCAUAUGAAAAAUUUGCGGGGACACUAGGGCAAGAGGACCGCACAACCACAGAAGCUUACAAUAUGUGGCUCCAAUAUGAGCAAACAACCCACAUAACACACAGACACACAACGCACGACCCACCGUAA